ACCCUUAAUACAUCCAUGGGUAUAUCCAGAAGUGUAGGUGGACGGCAUGGAUGUUUACUUGGCUACGUGCAGACGUCAAAGCGCACACAUCGUAUCCCAGCAUGCAGCAGGAGGCCGUUGAGAGAUCCAGCAGCUGGUAGUGAGUUACUAGAGCGCCGAGCAGGCAGCAGUCAACGGUCAACACAGCACACACAUUUCCUACUCCAUGUGAGAAAAACUGAGCCGUCUACCUUACGGGCGACAGAAAAAUAUGCUGUUCGGACGCCUGACGUGUUACCGCAGCGGCUUUUGAGUCAUCAUUGUCACCCGGUUUUCAUUUUGGAGGAUUCCUCCCUCCAUCCUCCGGAUCGCACCGAACAGGCAAUGACAACGGUCUCAGCAACCCCGCAGCAGAUGAGGGACCGGCUGCUGCAGGCCAUCGACAGUCAGAGCAAUAUAUGCAAUAUGGUGGCUGUAUUGGAGGUAAUUUCCGGUCUUGAAAAGUAUCCUAUCACCAAAGAAGCACUUGAGGAAACUCGACUAGGAAAAUUGAUCAAUGAUGUAAGGAAGAAGACCAAGGACGAAGACCUUGCCAAGCGUGCUAAGAAACUCUUGAGGAACUGGCAAAAGUUGAUUGAACCUGGGCCAGUUGUGGCUGCAAGUGCCCCUGGGUCUACCAAUGGCAGUUCUCAUCCCUGCAGGACGGAUGCCUCUCUUCCUGAUAUUUCUGUGUCAGGGAAGGGUGUCCCUGAAGUCAAAAUCAGAAACGAUGUUCACAACACGUACUCACCAAAAGCUGAAAAAUCAAGCAGCCGCAAACGUCGAGCAGAGCACAGAGACAGUGGAGUGCACUUACCAGAAAAAAUCUCCAAGAUGUCUCCGUAUGAGAACUCUGUUUCACCACCACCCACCAAUGGGAUUGGAGGCAGUCCUGAUGCCCCGCCUGACCAGCAAGUAAUCCCGUCUCCUGACAGAUCUCGGCUUGAGCACCUUGAUAAUGAUAAAAUCAACAGAAUUCCGGUUAAUGCUGUCAAGCCUCGUCCCAGCUCCCCUGGAGUGGCCAAACUACCUAGCACUUCCUCUAUGAUCAAGGUUGCUGUGAUGCAGCAACAGGCCAGAUUGGAUGAAGGAGGAGGAGGGGGGUAUUAUCAAGCCAAAAGUCCCCGUGCCCUCACUACCAGUCCAAGGAGCAUGAAGCAAGACACAGUGACCAAGCGCUCUUCAGCAUAUGCACCGAAAGGAACACCUAUCCCAAGCCCUUCCUCUAGGGACUCUCCCUUGUCUUUGUCCCAGCCUAUAUCCUCCCCAGCCCAAGCAUCCUACGCUGACAAGCUGCCACAUUCUUCUCAUAGGUCUUCAAUUCACUGGGCCAGUUCGUCAGAAGUCCCCUCUCAUUACCCACCCACCCAAGACAUAUCUGCAACACUGGAAUCCCCAUCAGCCUCCCUUUCACCUUCUCACACCCAUCACAACUCAGAACUACACAGACCGACAUCUGAGGGAGCCAUGUCUGUGUCUGAUGAAACAGACGGGACAAUGGUCCCCAACUCAGAGCAUAAAAGGCGAAAGUACAGGUCAAGAGACUACUCUGUCAACUUAGAUGGCCAGAAAAUAGAGGACACGACCAAGCCUGUACGAUUAAAAGAACGCAGACUAACAUUUGACCCUGUCACAGGUCAGAUCAAACCUCUGAUACAUAAAGAACCUUCUCAAACAGAGGAAGCCCCCACUCCUGACCCAGUUGAGUCUAGGCAGAGAACUGAAAGCACUGUACAACAGCCUGCUGCCCUGGUCCCGGCCGGCCCCGGCCCCGGCCCCGGCCCGGCCCCAGGUCCUAGCCCCAACCCUUUCCAUCAAACAAACUGGAAGGAGCUGUCCAGAAAUGAAAUCAUCCAGUCGUACUUGAACCUUCAGAGCAAUGUGCUCACCUCCUCAGGGGUCCAGGCCCCUAGUGCACACUUUUUCAUGUCGGAGUAUCUGAAAAGGGAAGAACAGGAGAUCAAGGAUUCACGGAAGAUACACGUUCUGCAGACGGACAGCUCAGUAGGGGCUUUAUCGGGCGUGAGCCGGGAGGUGACGGACGAGGACCUGGAGAGGAUACACACACAGCACUGGCCGGGGGUGAAUGGUUGUUAUGACACCAAGGGCACCUGGUAUGAUUGGACAGAGUGCAUAUCAUUGGACCCUCAUGGGGAUGAAAGCAAAUUGAACAUCCUGCCAUAUGUCUGCCUAGACUGAGGGGUUUGGGAAGGUUGCUGUCCUUUUCCACUCCUUUCUUUGUCUCCCCACAGAGACAAGAUACUUUGUGAUUUUGUUUGUCCACUGUGAGUUCGGCAAAAGCCAGGCCUGCUAAACUCCGUGCCCCUCCCCCUCCCCCAUGCCUCUUCCUCUUUCUGUGAUAAUCUAUUGAGAUUUUGAUAUAAAAAGAGUAAAUAUUAAAAGGAUAGUUGAGUUUGUAAUACCAAGGGCUGUUUCUGUUUUAUUUUUCAAACUGAAAGCUACAGGAAUGAUGAGGCCCUAGUUGCAGAGUGCUGCUACUAACACUGAAGGCAAGAAAGAGAGGACAGAAUUAUCCCAGACAACUGGAAAUGGUGUUGUGAUGUGAAUUUUUGAUGUUCUGAAUCGUAUCUCUAUUUCAUGCUCACUGGGAUGAUACUGUUGUUGUUUGUUUUUUUUUUUACCUUCUAGUUUCUAAUGAGGAAUUACUAUCUCGGGUUAAAUUUGAGGGAAGGCAGGGGUUUAGCUGUCCUGUCCACACCGCCAGGUUGGUGCCCAGAAAGGUGUUGAUAGAGUUCAUCUAGCACAGGUAGAGCUGAACAUGUCCAGAGUAUGAAAUACUGGAGCAUAUUUGGCAGUUACAAGAAGCUUUAUGUGAGAUAUAAAGAGUAAAUUAUAAAUUUCUUAUCAUGUAUACAUCUAUUUAUUUUGACCAUUUCAUUAUGGGACGUUCAUCCAAACAGACGUUCAGAAACCUAUAGAUCUGUUUUUUUAUUUUAUUUUUUUCCUGUUCGCAUGACAGUGUUGUCAGCCUACUCUUCUAUGUCAAAGGGACAUACCAAUGGUUUUGCAUGGUCUUUCUUUAAGAUUGGCCAAUGCUUUAGGUCAUUAACAUUCCAUACUCCACCCUUCACCCACUUUCGCUCUCUCUGUCUCAUCACACCGCUCCAAUGCAAGAAAUUUCUUUGAAAAAUCACUCGGUUCCAAAUGAUAUAUAGUUGAAAAUUGUUUGGUGCUAAUUUAAAAUGAAUUCAGCUAAAGUAGAAAAACUCCCGCCACACACUAAUUCUCUCCCAAGCCUAAAAUAUUAAAGAAUGUCAACUUACAUGUUGCUGAUCAAUAAUUGCAUUUUAGAGAUAAAAACAAGGACAUGUUUAAAUGCUGGGACUCACUUUGUUUCUAUUCCUUUAGAUAUUGUUUGCCUUCUGGGAUUCCUUCACAAUAUUAUUCUGAAUUAAACAGCCUUAGUGAAUGUACAGGAUUGAGACCUCUUAUGCACUUGUGCAGAAGUUGACAACUUGUUGGUCAUUUCAUCACUGACUUAAUUCAAGUGUGAAUAGUGACUGACUGUGUGCCCAUAGUUUAUUCAGUUUCAGACUCAUUAAAAGUUUUUGCCGCUGCUUUCGAGAGUUUAGAAGACAUUUAGGAUGCCGUUUGAGGUAGCAUUUCUUUUGCUUCCAUUUUUCAAUACAGCAUACCUAAAAGGGAGAGAGAAAGCUGUGUGUAUCAGCUGUUCUCGGCAUUCUCCAAGUGACAAGUAAUACUUAAUUUUGAUUUCCCUUUAUACUCGUCAGUCACUACCACUUUUUCCUCACGACUUGAAUUAAGAUUGGCUUCUGUGCAGCCUCUCUGUCCAUACAUUCUUUCAGUCAUUCAUCCCUACCAAUGUGCCUUGGUAAAUGGUAAAUCUGGAUUUGCUUCCGCAUAAAACACGCCUGUCCGUGGAGCUGGGUUUAUGUGCGAGAAUUCCAAAUCCCGUGAUCAAUACGACGCUGGUAUAUGCACCAUUUCUGUUAACGUUUUGUACACACUGAUCUAGCGAGGGUGAAGCUGCAGACAAUGAGAAACUGCACAACACAGCUGGCAAUAAAGGAAAAGUGCUACAACUGGUUGAUGAGAAUCUGUUUUCUGGAGUUUUGACUGGGGCAUCUUUAUUUGUUCAGUGUUUAACAUCUCUCAGUUGUUUUGAAAAAUAAAAUGAUCUAAAUCUUCA